UCUUAAUCCAAACCCCACAUCAAAAUAACAAUCUUCCUUUGAAGUUUGAAGAAAGAGAUCAUGGACUUGUUCCAAAGCCAAAACAACAAAAUUAGCUCAUUAAAACACAACAACAAGAACAACAAGAAGAAGAAGAGUAGUACUAGGCUAACAAAGGACCAAGUCAGGCUCUUAGAGAGAAGCUUCAUCUCCAACAGGAAUCUAGAGCCGGAGCGCAAGGCCCGGCUGGCGGAGGAGCUCGGGAUCCCGCCGCGGCAGGUUGCCGUGUGGUACCAGAACAAGCGGGCGCGGUGGCGGACGCAGAGCCUGGAGCUCGACUGCGGCACGCUGCAGGUGAGGCUUGAAAAUGCCUUGGCCGAGAAGAGGCAGCUUGAGAGGGAAGUUGAUAGGCUAAGGGGAGAGCUUCAAAAGGCUAAGGAAAUGCUUGAUCAAUUUGCUACAACAACUACUACUACUACUACAAUUUGUUCUAUUGAUUCUUCUUGGUGUGAAGAGGGAAUUAGGAGCUCUACUGGUUAUUAUAAUAAUUAUCAAGAUCAAGAUCACGAUCAUGACCAUGUGAUGAUUGAUCAUGAUCAGGUUUUGCAACUCGAUUAUGAGCUCUUUCCACACUUGAUGGGGACUGAUUAUGAUAGGGUUGUUCAUGAUCUCUAAUAGGAUAUGUUUGUUUCAAAGGUUCGUCCAUGAAUCAUGAUUAAUUCUUGGUUCU